UCUCCACCAAAGAGACACGAGGAAUGGUCCUUGACAUGUCUUUUUUCAGUAAAUUUGUUAUUAUUUUUAUCCAUGGAAUGGUCUCUUCUUCUUAACCCAAAUAUCACCAUCUUCUUCAUUUCUUGAACCAAUGUAUCUGAACUCAUGAGUUCAGGGACAGUAACCUCACCCUUUUUGUGGCUCACUGCUGUUAGCAUGAGUGGACCCUCUGUAAGGGUAGCCAUUAAUCUGCCUUGCAUAGAAAUCCUUGUCUGGGUCUUACCUGAGCCAGCAAGUGAGCUUCCCACCCUUUUUAGUCCAACUUGCUUUUAUGCAGGUGAAUCCUGCCCUAUUUUAGGAACACUAUAGGGGAAGAUCACAAGUGUGUUCUCCUGUGUCUGGCUCAGGAUUCUUGCACUUGCUGUUUCCUCUGCUUAGAUUUGUUCAUCUCGGGCUCAGUCCACACAUCAGCAUCUUAAAAGAAUUUUUCAAGAUGAACCGCUCCAUUCUUUCAUAGUCUAUUUUUUACUCCAUUAUGUCUUUAUUUUACCCUAUUAUCUUUAUGGUAAGUUAUCACUAUAAAAAUUCUUAGAUCCUUUUUUACUUUUAACUCACAGAGGUUAUAUUCUAGUAGAGUGAGAGAUAAGCAGGAAAACAAAGCAGGCCAAGAGAGAGAUGUAAGUAAGGGGAGGCUCAAGCAGAGACCUGAAGGAAAUGAAGGAAUGAUCUGUAUGGAUAUGGGGAGCGGAGACAGCAAAUGCCAAGGCUCUAGUGCAGAAACAUGCUUACCCUGUUUAGGGAAUAAUGAAGAGAUUAUUAUAUCUGGAGGAGUGAGAGGGAAGCCGUUAGAAGUAAGACUAAGUUGGUAUGAGGAGGUUGGCUAGAUUGCUCAGGACUUUGGAAGCCUUAGUUAAGGACUGCGAUUUCUGAUCUGUGUGAGAUUAGAAAUCACUGUAGGUCUUGAGCAGGAGAGUAAGAUGUUCUACCUUUAAAAGGAUCAUCCUUUCUGCUGGUGGAAUUUAAGGUAUGUAGAGCAAGGAUGGAGACUCUCCCAAGGUAUGUAAUUUGUAAAGACAAAUUGUUUAUCUAGGACCUUUUCUUUUCUUGCCUUAAAAACUAUUUUUUUCUUCUAAAAUUUGAAAGGACAAAUAUAUUUAGCAGUGUAACAGAAUCUAUAUUAUCAAUAACUAUUUUAGCCUCUUAUCACUACCUAAAUUUACAUACUUUACAUAAGCACUUUCAAUGUCGAAACCAAUAAAGUCCUCUGGGUUUUAAAAAUUAAGUGUAUUGGUACAAUUUAGAUAAUGAUCACACUGAUUAUAAGGAAUUUUUACCUGUACACAAUGUAUCUUGGUUUUUCUUUUUUCUUUGGUUCCUUCCUAUUGAACAGGACUUUUUUGGUUUUAGCAUUGAAGACUCCAUGUCCUGAAAGCACUCUCAAAUCCUGGCCAAACAAGAUGAUUGAUUAUUUGUACUGGGAGGUCACUGAUCCAAGAGACUAAAGUUAUAAGGAUGGACAAGUGGUCAGAUUUUGGGCAUAUUUUAGUGCUUUUGUUUUGUUUUGUUUCUGAUACCAGGAAUCAAACUCAGGAGCUUGCGCUUAACAGGCAGGUGCUAUGCCACUAAGCUAUAUCCCUGGCCUCUAAUAUUAAAGUUUCAAAAUUUUGCUGAAGUCUGAAUAUGAUAGAAUGAAAGGAGUCAAGGAUGACUAGCAGAAUUUUGGCCUGAGCACCUGGAAGGACAGUCACUAUUCAGAGAGCAGCAACAGUGCAGGUAGACUAGAUUUUGAGGAAGGAUGAUAGAAGUUUGGUUUUGGACAUGUUUGUGAAAAUAGACUGGCAAGGAAGGAUGUCAGCCAGGAUGUUGGGUAAAUCAGACUGUGAAAUGUAUUCCAGUUGGAGAUACAGCAUGAUUCUUAAGCUCAUAAGAUCACUGAGGAGUCAAUGUAGAUAGAAUGAUAAGGACUGAGCCUUGGGACUUACCAAUAUUUAGAUAUCAGGGAAAAGCAGAGGAACCAGUAAAGAAGACUGAAAAGCAGGGGUCAGUGAUGUAGGAGAACAGAGGGAAGUGGACCCCAGGAAAAAACUCUGCUAAAUAGUGUUUCAAGUUACCCACUAGGGAACUAUAAAGACCAGAGUAGUUAAAUGGUGCCAAGAAGCUGAACUAAACGUGUGGGGAGACAAUUCUGUGGUGGACCAGUUUCUGACAGAAGGAAUGGACACACACCAUGCCCACAAAAUGCCACUGGAUGGAGGAACUUCCAUUAACUCAGGACCCCUUCACAAACACCACCCCUGGAAUGCUUAGUGCUCAGAACCUGGUUACUUCUUUAGAGAACAAUGGGUCCUGAGCCUUCUGAAAACUCCCAUUGGUGGAGAGAUGAGUGAGUUCCCAAUUCCAACAGCCAUAGACCAGGAACCAAGGAUAAACAUACAUGGAUUCCCAGCAGGACCUGAGCAUCUUUGGCAUGUGGGUGUCACUGUACUUUGGAUUCCUGGGGCUGUGUUCUUUGGUCACGGGCAGCUGCAUUAUCUUUCUGCACUGGAAGAAGAACAUGUGGCGGGAAGCACGUGCCCAGCAGUGGGUUGAGGUGAUGAGAGCCGCCAGGUUCACCUACAGCCCGCUGUUAUACUGGAUCAACAAGCGACGACACUAUGGCAUGAGUGUUGCCAUCAACACGGGCCCUCUCCCUGCUGUUGCCAAGCCUGAGACUGAAGUCCAGAAUCCAGAUUCUUCAUGCAAACUGGAUAUCCCCGAAAGCAAGAACUACCCUGUCCAACAUGACAGCCCCAAGAUUGAGGUCCCUGAUCCUCUGCAGCCCACUCUGGCGGCACACCAGCAGCCCGUAUCUUCUUUCGUGCUGCAGCCCCAGACCAACUCCCCACUUCCAUUUCUCAUCUUUAAAGAGGCACCUUGUGCACCAACCCUCUGUAGCCUACCUCCCAUCCUGAGCCACUCUGUCUCCUACCCUUUGGCCAAGCAUCCUGAGAGGAAUGUUCACUUCCAUUCCCUUCCUACACUGGCCCACGGGGCAAAGAGCUUCAGUGCCAGACCUUUUGCUGCAGAAGUGUAGCCUCCUCUCACUGGGAGGGGAAGCUAUCAGGGACAGAAUAGAAAAAUGGAGCUAACUUCAAGGAGGUGGUGUUGAUACAGAGGCCAGAGCCCAUCUGGAUGUCAUUUUGAAAGAUUAAAAAAAAAAAAAAAGCCCAAGGUUCUCUUGUGUCUCAUUUGCUGUUAGGGCAUUGUAUUUCCUCUAUUUGGCACAGGGAGUAGGGCACUUUGCAAACUAAGUUGCAAGGUCUUAUCAGAUACAAAGGAUGGCUGUGCAGAAACACAUUCAACUGGUACUUAUAGGACUCCCUAUCCCUCCAUUCAACAUUUAAGGCCAAACAGGUGGGCUAAGCCCUAGCCUAGGUCCCCAAAGACACUGCUGUUCUAUAGCACACAGCUAUGAAGGUCCACAGUGGCUGUCAAUGGCCAAACAAGUCCUGUAAUGAGACCUUUAAGCCACAGCACACUAAGGGCUUGAAUGGCUGUUAUCUAUAAGGAUUUGUAGGUAGUUGUC